GAUGUCAAAGAAACGUCAUUCGUCAAAAUCCAAAUAAAUAUCUGUAAAUAUUGCAUUUAUUCGCGAUACCUUGAACCGAGAUUAAGUAACGGUUGAUACUGUAUUAUCAAGAAUUAUAACGAUAAAUUCCAGUUUAGAUUUCCGCAGUAUAUUCUAGUAGAAGCAACAAAUAAAAACAGUUUUUUCAUUAUUAUUCGAUGAUAUGGAUGAUACGGUAACUGAAAAUGACGAUAAUACAUCAGAAGAAAACGAAUCUCAUAUAGGUAUCGACAGAUACCCUGAUGGAUCAGUACGAUUACGAAAUCCGCACAUCGAACUCAUGGACCAAGAUAUUUUGUAUCAUCUCGCUUUAGGUAGCGAAUCUCACGACCUCGUCGAAAUGUUCGGCGACGUGAAGUUUGUAUGCAUGGGGGGUACGCCGAAAAGAAUGGAAAGUUUUGCCGAAUAUAUAAUGAAAGAAAUCGGUCACAAAUUACCGACUGGUACCCAACUGAUGGACAUAAGUCAGUAUUCCUACAGAUACAGUAUGUAUAAAGUCGGACCGGUAUUAUCUAUCAGUCACGGUAUGGGAAGUCCAUCUAUCGGUAUUUUGUUGCACGAAACAAUCAAACUUAUGUAUCACGCUAAAUGUAAAGAUCCGAUCUUCUUCAGAAUCGGAACUUGCGGUGGAAUCGGCUUGGAAGGUGGUACCGUCGUCAUAUCCGACGAAGCGUGUGACGGCAUGCUGAACAAAUACUAUCAAGUGAUAGUAUUAGGAAAAAUGAUGAGAAGACCAGCGAAGCUCGAUAAGAAACUUGUGAGGGAAUUAAAAGCCUUAGCUAAUCCCGACGAUCCAUACGAUACCGUUUCCGGUACGACCAUGUGCGCCGACGAUUUUUACGAAGGUCAGGGAAGGUUAGAUGGCGCUUUCUGCGAAUACACCGAAGCGGAAAAAAUGGAAUAUUUAGAACGUUUACGAGCAGGGGGUGUGAAAAAUAUCGAAAUGGAAUCGACCAUGUUUGCCGCCCUUACCCAUCACGCCGGAAUCAGAGCUGGGAUCGUGUGCGUCGCUUUACUCGAUAGGCUCAAAGGAGAUCAGGUGUGUACUCCGAAAGAGGUGUUGACAGAAUGGCAACUCAGACCGCAAAUUUUAGUAGCGCGUUAUAUUAAAAGAUAUCUACAGACUAAAGGACGACUCUCGUUCGACGGACACGGAUCGAUGUCUGUGAAGAGCCCCAGAAGAUUUAAAUUGGUCCAACAAGAAUCUCAAACUUUCGAAUGAAAUAAUUCUCGAACGCCAAAUUUCAUUAACGGAUAUCUCAUGAUAAUUAUAUAUUUAUAAAUAUUUUUUUUUAUUUAAUUUAUAGGUUAAAAAUUAUGAUGAUUUUAGUCAAAUGAAUUCAUUAAUCAUGUGGAGAUUAUAUGGAAACUGCUAGAAACGGUGGACGAUUUUUAAUUUUGAAGUUAGGAUUUAGUCUACCGUCUCUUGUUACUUAUUUUACGCACAUAAUUCAUUUUUCCAAAUAAAAAAAUCAAUUUCUAUACAAUUAAUGUCGUAAUGAGUCAUUAACCAAAUUACGAGACGUAUUUCUGGUAAAUUUAAAAGUAUGUAGAAUCGAAAAUGAUAAUUACUUCGCCGUGGCAGUAUAAAUGUGAAUUAGAAAGCUUGAAAUUUCAAAAACUAAUUAUUUUCAUUUCCUAAAUUAUAUUCGAAUUUUAAAAAUUAUAAACACAAUGCGUGAAAUGUAUGCAACCAACAUUUACUUCAGCUGACGUUUUACAUCGUUGCCACGUUGUAAUUUUUUUCCACUUGAUGAUAUUAAAUUAUAUUGUAAGGACUAUUGUUACAAUUAUUUCAACUAAUAGGAAAUAAGAGAAAUAAUUUUAGAAUUUUGAAUAUUGUUAGUAUAUCAUGAUAUCAAAGUUUGAAACUUUAAUUUCUAUAAACAAGUAAUUCUUAAUGUUUUACUCGAUUUUUAUGAGAAUAAAUUUUACAACACUGAAAACCGAUGCUACACGGUUGCCAAAACAUAAUUUCAUCUUAUACAGGAGGAAGUUUUUAUUUACUUUUAGUAUAUGUAAAUUGUGUUCAAUUACUACAAAUUUGAAGAGUUUCCACAUACAUAUCAUGAAAAAUUAUCAAAAAAAACUGAGACAGACCACAUAACCAAUGUUUUAUCAAAAUAGCGAUAGGGUAAAUGAAUUUUUGAACUAGAUCGCUGUUUUGGACAAACUGUACACCAGAUACAUAUUAUAGACAUAAGAUAAAUUGUAAUACUUUAUUUUUCUUAUUAUUAUAAUGAUAUUUGAUCCCAGAACGUUCUAAAAUAUCUAAAAGUCAAGUAGUUUUCUUAUUAAAUUUAUAUAUACAGGGUUGUUGAGAAAUGAGUCGAAAAUUUGGUUCACCAGGUACAAUUUAUACCAUAUACGAUGUCAAUAGAAGCAGUUUUUUAUGCUGAAUCGAAUGGUUCCUCGUUUCACCAUCAGGAAACGUAAAAAAAGGGCCGAAAACCACUAAAACUCAUAAAAAUGACUAAACACAUUAUCUUAAUGCCAAAUCUCAUCUAACCUAACCGAACCUAAAGUAAACUAGAAGAGUUCAACCCAUUCUAACCUAACUUAUUCGAACAUAACCUAAUUUAACCUAACCCAAUCCACUCAACUUAACUCAUCCUAAUCUUAAUCAAUCUAACUUAACGUAAAUUAUCAUUGUAAACUGAUUCAUAUAUAUAUAUAUAUAUAUAUAUAUAUAUAUAUAUAUAUAUAUAUAUAUAUAUAUAUAUAUAUAUAUAUAUAUAUCAUAGCGAAAAAAACUAAUAUAACUUAACCUGACCUAACCAAAUAUAAUCUAAACCAACCUAACCUGCUCUAACCUAACUUAAACGAAUCUAACCUAACCUUCAGUUAUUGGUCCUAACCUUGAUUAAAUUCAACUAACCUCAAAUGACGUGUAAACGCAAAUGACAUUCAUAAUAUAACAUUUGCGUUAGAUUAUUUAUCUGAAGAAUCAAGCAUGCUACAAACAUCAACUUUAUACUACAAAAUUUUGACGUUUUUCUAAAUAGUUUGACAAUGUCAAUAACCCUGGAACGGGCUGUAGCCGCGUAGUUAUAUAGAUAAAGGCCGAAACAUAGGAAAGAGAAGAAUAACCUAUAUGACGUUUUUACAAUAUUUUCAAUGGUACAACUUCUGUAUAAAUAAAUUUGAACUUGAUUUUUUUAUAUAUAAAACCGUAUUCUGACGCUGAUAUAAAUUGAUUCGAGUGAUUCAAACUAUUAUUACUUACUAGAAACUCGUUAAUUAUCUACAAUUCUUAUCAUUUUACGGAAUAUUUUUUUAUCGACGAGUCACCCUGUAUAGUAGAAUCAUAUUUAAAAGUUUUAUUACUCGCUAUAAUCUAUUAGAUACGCAUCUUAUACACUUUGCGCUACUACUAACUUAAAUAUUUUAAACAAUUUUGUAAAAUUAUUCUUUUCUACUUUUAAUGGACGUUGGUGAAUAUUUCAUUUUGUUUUAUAUACGACAUUGUUGUGUUUUAUAAAUCUACAAAUAAAUGCGUUGUUGUUACCGACGAA